AUGCAAGAGGAAAGCAUGGCUUUCUAUAACGGAUACCAGCUAUGCAAAUGUGGAAGAUCAGACGCUAGCAUGCGAUUCCAGCUCCCUGGAGGCCCGAUGCCACCCUACUAUGAUAACGCCGCCGUCUGUCGCAUGUGCCUAGGGUCCAUUCUCCCUCGACAAGAAGCCGUAUUGUCCCCCGAACCCCAAGGCCGCUGGCAUCAGCGCCCACGAGAAGAAGCACAACCUUACCCAUCCUGGCCAAACCCCUUGGGAUCCCACUCAUCCUGGCCGGGGCCCCCGGGACCCCAAGACUACUAUUCUCGAAGUCUAGCAUCAUACCCAUCCUGGCCAGAACCACCCAGACCCCCAGGACCACAAGAUCGCUACUCUCGACGUCCAGCAUCUUACCCAUUCUGGCAAGAACCCCAAGACCGCUACUCUCAGCGCCCGCGAGAAGCGUUAUCCUACCCAUACUCGCCAGAACCCCAACGGUAUCAAGACGUCUACAAUCGCUGUGGUGUUGAAUCUCGGAGUCCAGAACAACCACCAUAUCAUGGGAUGCCACUAAAUACUGCUGAGAGCUGUGUCCCUCGCCCUAUCACGACACCAACGACUGAUAGCCCAUACGCCAGCAGCUAUUCCACGACCAUAAGUGUCGGAAGUUCAGACCAUACGCCGCAAGUUGUAGGCAGCCCUGCCAUGGCAUCUAAAGCUACUUCCGCCCCCACCGUCCCCACAAUAUACUUUGACAGCUAUCGAAGUACUCGAGGUAGUCGAAGGCGUAGACCGAUCUCUCUGGAGGUCCACUACGAAAAGGAAGAGCCUGAUGAAAAUGGUGGAUAUGACGGCAACGAAGACCACGGCCACGACGACGACAUUGAUGAGGAAGAAGAGGAGGAAGAUCCAGCCCUUGUCUUUGAUCCUGACGGGAAAAUCAAAUUGCUGGGAGAUGAAUGGGAGGUUCCCGAUGAGGCGACGGCGUAUUCAGAGGCUGGCCCUAUGUGGGGGAAUGCGGAGUUGGUCUCAUUCUUUGACUGCAUUGCCUCGAAUGGAGAACCUGACGUUUUGGCUGCCACGGAAAAUGUGACCUGCGACCUGACCAUGGCUGGCGGCCUUUCAUGA